UUAUUGGUCUACAAAACGUGCCACAAGAGAAAAACCCUGUGGUUAUUCUGCGCAUUUAACAGACUCUCCCUCCCUCCCCAUCUCCCCUGCCCCUUUCUUUUUUCCACCACAGCUCUGCUCCGGGCCAAUAGCUUCCAGUCUGUAACUCCCAACAAAUACCAGAGCUGCAGAAGAAAAUUCCAGUCCAGUUCGACACCAGUGAACAACAGAAGAACCAUGUCACCUUCAGAGGAAGCUGCCCCUCUUUCUUCUUCCUCAUUGUUUUCUCCUUCAUCUUCUCCUCCAUCUUUGUCUUCAGGCGGUGUCCCAGGGAAUGUCCUGGAUGGCUUCUCCCCACCUCAGGUGAUAGAUUACAACCUGCCCUCACAGGUCUCAAGAGGUCACUUCAGCCCUUCUACCCCAAUCUUUCUGAGGCGCGCCAGAGCCCAGGCAGCACCCAAGGACAUGCACCUGUAUCUGCCUCAUGACCAAGUGCUGGAGCGGGCAGAGUACUGCAUGGUGAGGCCCCAGACACCCAGCCCUGCAGAGACGGCUUCUGAUGGGUGUCAGGAAACAGAGUCCCUUCUUGGGGAUGCCAGAAGCAUCCACGGAGGCCCACACCCUGCUAGAGGGAAGGACAGGUGCUUGCCAGACCAAGAGCUAUCCCCCGGGGCUGGAGAGGACCCAGGAGAAAGGAAAACAGAAUCCGGAAGGAGAGAGGAGGGUGGGUCACAGCUGACAGAGGGGAAGAGGCUGGGCUUGAAGAAGUUAGUCCUCACCCCGGAGCAGAAGACAAAGCUGCUGGACUGGAAUGACUCCCUCCCUGAGAGUGUGAGCCUGGAAGCUGGGGCACAACCUGCCCAGAAAAGUGCUGACAGUGGUCGACGAGGCCAUGUGCUGAAACCAGUCAGCCCCUUGCUGCUCCCCUGGAGAGUGCGAGAGACCCCGCCAGCCCAGGGAAAGGCUCAGGAGAAGAUGGGGACCCCAGCUGAACGGGCUCCAGGGGAGCCAAGCGUCCCUCCACCCAAGUCCCCACUUCGGCUCAUAGCAAAUGCCAUCCGAAGGUCCCUGGAGCCCCUCCUCCCCAACUCCACCAAGCCAGAAUCAAAGCCCUUGCCCACCACCCAGCCACACUCCUGCACUCGCUCGUUCAGCCUUCGAAAAACCAGCUCCAGUAAAGACUGCAGCCAGCAGUCCCCAGGGAGAGACAUGGCACGCAGGACCUCAGCCUUCUUCUCCUGGGGCUCCCCACCUGCCAGGGCUGCCCAGCCUCCGCACCCUCGCCUUCCUGACCCUGCCUUCCGUACCCACAGUUUGCCCAACCGACCAUCCAAGGUGUUUCCUGCAUUAGUGUCCCCAUCCUGCCACAAGAUGGAAGAUGUCCCCACACUCCUUGAGAAAGUGAGUUUGCAGGAGACCUUCCCAGAUGCUUCCAGGGUUCCAAAGAGGAAGAUCUCUCUCUUCUCCUCACUCAGACUCAAAGACAAAUCUUUUGAGAGUUUCUUCCAAGAAUCCAAACAAAGAAAGGACCUCCAGGACCUCUUUAGCAUCCACAGGGGCAAAGGGGAGCCCGUGGACAGUGCCCAGCCCCUGGAGAAGCUGGCACAGCCUUUCACUAGCACCUGCCUGGAGCAGAGGGUCCAUCCUUCUCCAGACAAAGAUGCAAGUCCCAAACACACCCCUAUCCGAGUGCAGGUGACAGGGGCCGCCUCUUCUACGUCUUCCACCGGCUCCUCCUCUGGAGAUGAAGAGUUUCAUCCCCAGCCUUCGUUGCAGUCAAAGGAGAGGGAGACACUUAGAAGAAGGAAGCUGGAGAACGCAAUAAAACAAAUGGUUAAGCAAGAAGAAUUGAAAAGACUUCAUAAAGCUCAGGCCAUCCAGAGGCAGCUGGAGGAGGUGGAGGAGCGGCAGAGGGCUUCUGAGAUCCAAGGCGUGAGGCUGGAGAAGGCGCUGAGGGGGGAAGCAGAUUCAGGCACACAAGAUGAAGCACAGCUUUUGCAGGAAUGGUUUAAGCUGGUUCUGGAGAAGAAUAAAUUAAUGCGAUAUGAGUCGGAGCUACUGAUCAUGGCCCAAGAAUUAGAACUGGAAGAUCAUCAAAGCAGACUGGAACAGACAUUAAGAGAAAAAAUGCUCAAGGAGGAGAGCCAGAAAGAUGAGAGCGAUCUGAACGAGGAGCAAGAAAUACUCAGCGAGAUGAUGCAAGUAAUUGAACAAAGGGACAGACUCGUGGACUCCUUAGAGGAACAGCGCAUAAAAGAAAAGGCUGAAGACCAGCACUUUGAAAGCUUCAUAUUCUCCAGGGGCUGUCAGCUGAGUAGGACGUGAGCAGCCCAAGGCCCUGGCCCUGGAUGCUGGCUGAGGAUCAGGCCGGGCACACCUCACUCACUCACGGUUCCUUUGGCAGGAUUUGCCAUACGUGGAACUUAAGUGAUGCCCUAUUGCAAUUUCUUCUUAAAAUUCUCCCAUAUGGAGUACAGCUGCCCAAGACCCUUCCAGAGAUUAUAAUGACGAAUAUACAAAGAUGGUUAGGGAAUUGGCAGUCACUUUGGCAUGUCUCACAUUGGAAGUGACCUUGGCAGAUGACCAGCAUUGUUUUCCCUGGAAAGUGACACAGGGAUCGACUUUCCUGCUGUUUUUAUCAUUUAUCUCCCCAAUUCAUUGAGUUACACAUCUUAAGAUUUUUACAAAGCUGCCUUUUCAUUAAUAUAUCCAUAUUUGCCCUUUUUUUUUUUUUUCAUGGAUGACCAGUUUCCAAAUGUCAGAAAGAAGCAGCCACAGUUUAAAGAUUAGGUUAAUAUUUAAAAAUUGUGUUUCCAGAGAAAGAGGAGAAACCUUGAGAUUACUGAUUACAUAAAGCAAAUAACUCAUAUAGCAGGUGUUAAUUCAAUCCAGGGUGAAUUUAAUUUACCAGUUGUAUUUAUAAGCCUUAAUAUAAUAUACAUAAGA